CUUGUAAGACUAAAUGGACUAAGCAACGAAGUACUGAUUUCUCACCUCCUUGGAGACCACAGGCUUCUGACAUCCCCAGGAAUCUUGAGUCUGUGACAUCUGGGAAGCAUGGACCGUUUGGACUUGCUAGGGUUCCUCAUCAUUACUUUAAACUGCAAUGUGACUAUUGUGGGGAAGAUCUGGCUCAUCUUCAUGAUCCUGCUCAGGAUGGUGGUGAUCGUUGUGGCCGGGUCCCCAGUCUACCAAGACGAGCAGGAGAGGUUUGUGUGCAACACUCUGCAACCAGGGUGCGCCAAUGUCUGCUAUGACAUCUUUUCCCCAGUGUCCCUCCUGCGCUUCUGGCUGGUCCAAAGCGUGUCUGUCCUCCUCCCUUCUGCUGUUUUCAGCGUCUACGUGCUGCACAAGGGAGUCGAGCUCGCCACCCAGGAACCCUGCGGGCCAGAUGGUGGUCUUGGGGGCCAGGAUCCCGCUGACCCAAGCCCCGGGGACAGGCGCUGCCCGCUGCCCUGCAGGGAGGAGCGCAGCCUGGUGGUACCAGACUUCUCCUCAGGCUACAUUGUGCACCUCUGUCUGCGGACCCUGGCGGAGACAGUUUUCGGGGCCUUGCAUUACCUCCUCUUCGGAUUCUCGGUCCCCAACAGGUUUUCCUGCAGCCAUUCUCCUUGCUCUGGCGCGGUGGACUGCUACGUUUCUAGGCCCUCGGAGAAGUCCACCCUGAUGCUCUUCCUCUGGGCGCUCAGCGCACUCUCCAUGCUGCUCAGCGUGGCCGACCUGCUCUGCAGCGUGAGCAGGAGGACGCGAGGGCGACCAGGACCCACCGAGGGCCGCGGAAGGAGGAGACUGGAUCCUGGGGCGCUGGACCGGCCAGGGGAGGAUAGGGCGGCGCUAACGCACUGUGGCCGGUUGACCAGAGGGCAUGGUGUCCGCAGCCCCAGUGGUCAGUCAGCCGUGUCGGGGCGGAUGGAACUUCCAGAUGAGGGUGAGAGUGACGGACUGUCCAUAACCAGUGACAAGCUGCCCAGGGCUUACACAGAGCCUGGGGGCAGGCCCCGCACAGAGGUCCUUCAGGACCCCAGAAGCGAGCAUCCCUUAACACCCCGGAGUCUGCUGGUCCGGCACUGCCCUUCCAGUCCGCCGCAAUCCCCUUCUCGCCCAGCUGGUGUUGGGAGUGCUCCCCUCCUGGGGACCAGAAGGUCAGAGUGGGUGUGA